AUGAAUCAAUUUCGAUAAGAAGAUAAUUAAAAAUAAGAGAUCUAAGAUGAUAAUCUAAUAAGGCAAAUACCAAACUAUAGCAGGUUUCUACCUAUAGCAAAUAUAAACAGAAUCAUGAAGAAAGCACUCCCUGAAAAUGCGAAGAUCGCUAAAGAUGCCAAAGAAACAGUAUAAGAAUGUGUUUCAGAAUUCAUAUCAUUCAUAACAUCAGAAGCUUGUGAAAAAUGCAAGAAUGAGAAAAGGAAGACAAUAAAUGGAGAAGACUUAUUGUAUGCCAUUAACACAUUGGGUUUUGAAAGUUAUGUUGAUAUAUUAAAACUCUAUUUAAAUAAAUAUAGAGAGGCAGUUAAGGCGGUAGAGGGCACAACAGGAGCAACUAAUUAAAAAAGGAAAAGGCAAAAUUCAUCUGAUGAUGAUGACGAGGAUGAUGAAGAAGAUGAAGAAGAUAACGAUGAUGAUGAUCAAUCCUGAACAAUUAUUUAGAUAUAAUGUUAAUAAGUUUAUUUAUUCAUUUCUCAUAGUCUUUUUAAUUAAAUA